AAAACCGAGACGUGGGAGGUGUUGGAUGUCUCCGGCCGCGCGCUCUGAAAAACGUCGACCUUGGCAGAGUCGCUGUGCCGCUGGAAAACAGACCACGAGCUUCUGAGUCCGAUCUGACACGCGGAAAGGCCAAGUGAAGUGACAGUGCUGAGGCAGAAUGGCAGUGCGAAGGGCAUGUUGAAAACGUUCGCGUCUCCCCCGUGCCCACGACCGCGAUCAGCUGCCUCGGACGUGGGCGUCGCGUUGGCCUCGCCUUGGCAGCGGCGGGACACGCGAGGAUGAUUAGUGCAAACGUGGCCCCGAGGAUGCAGCAGCGGCAGAGGAAGAAAGGAAAAAAGCGUGUUCUUUGUGUCGUGGCGUCGCUGUGAGGGGAGGGCGCAGAGAGGCAGCAGAAGUGAGUGGGCCGAGUCGAGGUAAUCUCUGCCGCAUAUAGGUCACGUGCGUGUGUGUGUCUGUACGUGUGUGUAUGUGUGUGUGUGCCACGGAGCAUCACCCUCCACGCACCGGCAGGCAAGGCAGGUGGGGGCUCACUCACCCAUUCACGCCCUCCCAAACGGCCCUCAGGUGCAGUCAGGCCAGUGAUCUCGCGGCGGCUGCGAGUCUUGAGCGGCGGGUGGUCGGGAGGGGGUGGCAGCGAGCGGUUCACUCCCUUGGGCAUUCGGUGGCUGACGUCGAAGGAAGAUUAAUCGAGCCCCGUACCCAGUGCUGGUGGACGGCUAUGUGGCGAGGCGCUGCUGGUGCUCCUCCUCCUCCUGCUGGGACUACCACUACUACUACUAUUGUUACCACUACAACUGUUACCUUUGUCUCAGGCUUGGAGAGUCUUGGAUAGCAUUCGGUAACGGACAUCGAGGAAAUCUUAACAGUGGUCACCAUACACAGCGCAGGUGCAACGAGGUGCUACUAUUGCUGUGACUACCCUAACUACUACCGUCCCGUACGUUCAUAGUGACUGGAGUAGGUGUUGAAAGCUUAUCGGCAGUGUCCGUGUUCGUGUGUUACUCUGUGCUGUGAAGUGGAAGUGUAGUUUUCUCCGCCAAGACCUCACACAGUUGUCGGGAUCACCACCAUCUCCUCGUGUGCGUGGCCGCCUCAUCGCUGACUCACUAAGCUCUGGCCCUGACGAAGCUGACGUGUUGACCACGACAGCCUCGAGCGGCGGUACUCGUGGCAGGAGCAAAGUAGCCAGGACGCCGUCGGGGAUGCCAGCGUCUCCCCGGCAGAGGGCAGGAGCGGCACGCCCUCGCCAAGGCUAGACGGCGCCGCUCUCGAGGCCUCCAGCGCCCUCGUGAGUGGUCUGGGCGGCCGGUCCUCACGCCGCUCACCGCUUCCUCACUACUCCUCCGCCGAGUCGCUUUCCUCCUUCGCCGAGUCGCUAGUCAGUCCCGGCAGCUCCAGUAGCGGCGUCGCCUCCUCCUCGCUGGUGCCGGCCAAGAGCACGCCCUCCCUGCACCAGGAUGCCUCGCACACCGCGGCCCACCCCAGGAACCACAGCGUGAAUGUGUCCCUCCACGUGUCCAGGUCAACACCCAACCUAGACGACCCGGAUGAUGGCGGCAGCAGCGGCGGCGCCAGCAUGGUGACCAAGUCGUCCAUGUAUUCCUACCUGCACGGCGCCUCCACGUCCACCUCAGGCAAGGGCGGCUCAGGGGCGGCCAGCGGCAGGUACUGGGACGCCCCCGCCAUGGGCUCAGACGACACGCCGGAUCGGGAGGACUACGCCCACCACCUGCGGUCCUCCUACCAGAUGCUCCACUCCCGCCAGCUGUCCGCCCUCAGCUCGGGCUCCGCCGGCUCCUACCACAGCCGCCAGCACUCCAACGCCUCCAACUACAGCGAGCCGGACGACCUGAGUCCCCGCAGCGACAUGCACCACCACACCGCCGGCCACGCCCACCACCACCACCACCACCACCACGGCAUGGACCGGGCCAGGUUCUUCUCCUACGACAACCUCGGCCCGGACGCCGCCUCCUCCUCCAGCCAGAAGUACCACGUCUCCUGGAACGUGUCCGAGCCCGACCUCACCCUCGCCCCGCCCCCGUACUCACCCCCCGGGCCGGGCUUCCAGCAAGUGGUGGGCCCCCCGGUGUCUCCUAAGGUCACCUCCCCCGCGCCCACCUCCUCCACCUCCUCCCCCACCUCCAUCUCUAGCACCACCCGACACCCGGCGUCACCCCCACCGCCGCCGGUCCGUGAUGCCUCUAGUCUGAAGUACAUCAAGUACGGGCCGGGCCACGAGAAGUACCCGUCGUGGCCCGUGCCCGCCGCCAGCCAGGUCAUGACCCUCCCCGCGGCCGCCCACGACGCCAACGUGUCCGGCCUGCCCGACUCGCCGCCCCAGUCCGCGGGGCCGCAGGGCUCGCACCGCUCCAAGUCGUGGACAGAGCAGUCCGAGUACCCCAAGGAGAAGGCCGGCGGCUACGCGCGCCCCUACCCCAACAAGAAGCCGGCCACCAACCCGCCCCCCUUCCCGCGGCAGCUCAAGACUGUGAUAGAGAGGUCAGAGAAGAUCCCCAAAGAGGUGUUCCACGGCAGCGGCCUCCGGGACGAGGUAUUCACCUCCUCCUCUUCCUCCUCCUCCUCCAACUAUUCCUUCAUGGACGCCUACUACAAGCCGUCGUCUUCCCCGUACUACCCUCUCUACGACAGGGAGGGCCGCGCGCUGGACGACAAGGACUACAGCAUCCCGUCGCCGCCAGAGCGUGACCUGGGCAUGGGCGAGGCCUCGCUGGGCCAGGUGACGGCGGCACAACUGGAGGAGUACGUGCGGCGUUACGAGGAGUUCGGCUACACGGACCUUAUCGGCACGACGCCGCUCCUGGACCAGCUGCGGCGCGAGUCCGUCAUGUGGGACGGCGGCUCCGAGCGUGACUCCGGCCGAGGCGAGAGCGAGAGCGUGGCUGAGAGUGCCCGCUACAGCAACGGCCGGGAGAGCGUCACCACCGUGGUCACCAACUCGUCCUCGGCGUCGUCCUCAGAGACCCUCAAGUGGCACGGCUCCCUCUCAGAUAUCUCCAUCAUGUCCGGACACUCGCGCGACCCUCGCCAGGACCACAACAUUGCCCAUAGCGCGCGGGUGCAGGCGCCACAGCGUCACAACAGCGAGUCCGUGCUGUACUACGGGCCCGAGGGGCGCGGCAAGGGCCAGGGCAGCGCCAGACACAGCCACGAGGCCCGCGAUCACCACCGCCGCCAGCACGCCGCGGAGCCCGGCUACCCGAGACACCCACGCGAGGGAGGCAAGUGGAGCCGCGAGGUGGUGGAGCGGAACAACGAGAUGAACAACCUCAAGAAGUUCCCGUCGUACUCGUACACGCAGCCACUCUCGCAGAUCACGGAGUCGCCCACGGCAGAGAUGCGCGAGACGCCGCGCUCCCCGGCACGCUCCCCGCAGAGCCCAACCAUCGACUUCAGCAAGCCCCCGACGGUGGCCGAGCGGAUCCACGAGCUUGAGAGGCAGUCCAGGACGGCCGGGCCAGAGGGCGUGGCACGGUGGCCCCGUGACCAGAGCGGCUCGCGGGAGCGAGACCACCAGGACCACCGGAAGGCGCGGGAGGAGUCUGUGAUGAUGGACGCGCGAGACCAGAUGGAGAAGACCGAGACGCGGUCACCGAGGGAGUCCAGCGAGACGCGGACCCACCAGCGGCGAGGGUCACGUGAUUCUCAGCGAGGAGACCGUGACCUGAGGCUGGACUUCUCCGCCGCCUCCUCCAGGAAGGGCGACGCCUCCCUCCCCGGCAUGGACGGCCUACGCUCCCCCACCACCCCCACCGGCUCCGUCACCGCCAACUCUUCCUCCUCCUCCUCCCGCUCCCCCACCCAGAGGGACGCCGACAACCGGGCAUUCAUCCACGAGAACUUCCAAAACAUCCUCAAUUCCUUCACGGAGGUGGACCGCUCGGACCGGGCCGGCGGCGUGUCCUACUCCUACCUGGACCCCGAGAAGCGGCGGAAGGUGCCGGACACGACGCUCAAGAGCAUCCAGAAGCAGGCCGUCAUGUCCUUCUACGAGCGGCACGCCGGCAGGAACCACAGCGCCGCCACGGACCUCAUCUCCAGCAGUCAGUCCAGCCUCACCUCGGCCCACUCGGCACACUCGGCACACUCGGCCCAGGAAACCCCGCAGGGCAAGUGGGGCACCGCGCCGCACCCCGGUCAGGGCCAGAACCUCCGCACGGACAAGUCGGGGCGGGCCGGCAAGGGCGUGGCAAGGCUGGGGCGAGUGCCGGAAACCGAGGACGACCAGCCGCUCAGGCCCGGCCGGCGGCGGUCCUCGGGCCGCCGAGACUCCGGCAGCGAGCAAAGUGCCGAGGACGCUUCCCGGGGAGGCUCACAGAGGUCCUCGCUGGCAUCUGAGUCCGCCUCCUCCAGGAGUGAGCAGCCGCCGGCUCUCCCGCAGAAACUAAGCCACCAGAGCCAUCAGCAGGACGGUGCAGCAUGGAGUUCUACAUCUGCCCCGCCUCACCCCACCAGCCCCGCCCCCGAGGACUCCACCACCACCACCACCACGACCACCACCACCACCACUGCCACCACAACCACCAUAACGACCCCGGGGGAGGAACGCGACCCCCAGGAUACCCCCGAGGACGACAACGGCGUCACUUCCCGCACCUCCUCCGGCCACGACACCCUCGCCACCCAGCAGCUUGAGGCACCCCGAGCACCCACGCUUCCCCCAGCCCUUCCCUCAGAUCCCCCGCCGCGCCCCCCUGAACGCCCUCCCAAAAAGCCAACCUUGAGGUCACUUUUCCACGGCCCGAACUCAGACGCCUCGCACGCCGUCCCUCUUGCGACCCUUUCCGACCUCACCGACAGGCCGCCCGUUGACGCAGACCCUCGGCGCAUUGAGGACUCGACUGGGGACUGCCGAAACCUGUCCCCAGCAAGGCCUUAUUAUUACAGGAAGCCCCCAGCCCCUGACCCCCCUAAGUCACCCCCUGCCCCAGCCUGCCCCCCGCCCCAGCAGCCCCAGCCCACGACAAUCCCCCCAGUCACGCAGACAUCCCCGAAGUCCUCAAGGUCGCCAAGCCUUCAGAGCGUGUCACCCGCUCACGCCGCCCACCUCGCGCCGCCCGUGAGUCCCAUCUCGCGUUCCUCCACCCCUGACCUCCCGCCCCCGCCGCCGCCUCCCAUCCCCGACGGCGAGGUUCUUAUCAGUGACGAACCCCUGCCGCCCCCUCCCACGCCCUUGGAAGUGGCCACACCAUCCGAGGCGCCCCCGCUGCCCCCUGAGUCACCCCCAAGGGAACGACCGCUAGGGACGCCGCCGCCCGUGCCAAGAGAGAACGGCAAGAACCUUCCUUCACAGCAGACCUACCACAAGGACUCGUAUAUGGCCCAUCGGCGAGACUGGAAGACAGGCUUUGAAGGACGCUACCGACGAACGAUUUCCCCUUCAGGCUCCUGCAGGAAUCUUCUCUCCUCCACCGUCCCCGCCACCACCACCACCACCACCGUCACCAACCAGACACCCCUCUACUCGGCCUCAUCACCCGUCACCACCACCACCACCGCCACAACCACCACCUCCAGCAUCAGCGUGCAAAAUGACACAAGGGAGAGUGAAAGUAUCGCCAGUGAGAAUGGCUGGGUCAGUGGCAGCCACAGCCGCAACACCUCCACCACCGUCAGCUUCACAGCCGAGGAGCUCCGAGCCUUCAAGGCGCGCCGAGCCCAGCACACCCUGGACCCGGCCGCUCACACCCCCGAGAAGGACAACACAGGCCGGAAGCUGCACCCAUCACAGUCAUCCCCCAGCCUGUCCUCGUCCACCCUGCAGUCCAUCGCCAGUGAGGGCUCCACCACCUCCCUCGCCAGCGGGGGCACCAGCUCCUCCCUGGGCUCUGGCCGGAGUGUUGGCUCCGUCUGUAGUGGUGGAGUGUCGCCCGUGUCUCCUAGUAAGCUAAGUCCCGCCCACUCCUGGAGGACAUCUCUGGAGUCCCUCAACCGGGCCAAUGCCUCCACCAUCCCAUCCAGUGUCAGUAAUGGCACCAGCGGCUCCUCAUCCUCACACUCGCCACGGACCAUCACGCGGGCCACCAGUCUGGCUGACCCUCUUCACUCCGCCGAAGAGGUGGGCAUGUCUGGCAGAGCAGCACAGGACGCUGCCACCUACCAGCUCCCUCGCACCGCCAGCAUCAACGAGUCCCUGUCCCGCAUCACUGCCAUCAGCGAUUCCCUCAGUCGGUCCACCAGCGUGGCGGACUCUCUUGCUGGCCAGUCCCUUGCUGUCGAGACUCACAGCCCAAGUGGUGGCAGCUAUGAAGUGCCGCCACCUGGACAGUCCACUGCAUCCCCCUCACUGCCCCUGGCACCAGCCUCCCCCACGUCCCCGGUGGCCCACGAUGGUCCCGUCACUGCCCGUCCAGCCACAGUCACCGAGGAGGCGUCACCCACCUCCUCCCCUGGCAAGGCUUCUCUGCUGUCAUCAUCCCUCCCUGCAACAUCAAAAUCACCAGCGUCACCAAAAUCCUCCUCCUCCUUGCAUUCAAGCCUUUCCCUCCAGUCCUCCAGCCCAGUCUCUACAACAAUGAACACUUCUCCCGAGAGAAUCAACUCCACGCCCAACACCUCCUCCUCCUCCUCUGAGUCCAGUGUGGUUGUCCUCGGGUAUGGACGCACGCCCAACCAAGAGGAGCUUGAGUGUGACAAGUUAUCUCAGGAUUAUGUGCCUCAGCUUAACGUGGACAACAAGCUGCGAGCCUUGUUAGCACCAGGACCAGAGCACAAGACAACAGCACACUACAUGCUUGGAGUGUUCAAUCUGGAGCUUCGCAAGGAAUACAUCUCCAGCAGCCACGCCAAGCACCCCGACCUGGUCAGGGCUCAGGGACAACACAACACAUCUAAGUCAGGCAACGCCAUCCACAACGAUGCUGAAAGCUCUAAUGGAAUGGAUUUGCCAAACAACAGGACGCCACUGCCAGCAGACUCCGCUUACUUCACCACCUCUGAGAGCAAAGCCAAGAUGCUGACAAGGUUACGGAGUAGUGGCAACCUGCAGGAAACUUUGACGGACCAACAGCUUAAUAAGAGAAAGGAGGAGCUGGUGACAAGCAUUGGUCGCAAGCUGGAGAUCCUUCGGGCUGAGUACGAGGCUAUCAAGGACGAAAUGAAACUCAACCACGACUUGGGUGCUGAGGUGACGUCCCGGGUGGAGGCCAUGGCGAGGCUGGCGGAGUCCGAGAAGUACAAGCUGCACGUGGAGGAGAUAGACAAGAUCACGUCCCUGCUGCUUGGGCUCUCAGGACGGCUGGCCAGGGCAGAGAAUGCACUCAUGAUUGUGGAUGACUCUGACCCAGAAGAAAGGCGAACCCUGGAGAGCAAGAGAGACAAACUGAGUGAGCAGCUGGAGGAGGCAAAGAGACUGAAAGAAAACAUUGACAGGAGAGCAGUACAAGUUUCAAAGGUGCUACACAAAUACUUGACGGAGGACCAGUAUGCAGACUAUGACCACUUCAUCAAGAUGAAGGCCAAGCUCAUAAUGGAUGCCAGGGAAAUUGACGACAAAAUCAAGCUUGGGGAGGAACAGCAAAAGGCAUUAAGGGAUAUGAUAAUUAAGAAGCAGUGACUUGCGGCAUUACAGUGACUCUUUGCAGUGACAAACUCAGUAUUUAAUUAGUCUAAAGCAAGUCAUAGAGCAACAUUAUUUAUUUCAGAAAUAUCCUGGAAGCCUCAACUGACAGUAAUCCAGAAGAAUAAGUGGAAAUAUUCUGUGAGUGCUGUUUGGUCAAACUCUGAAACAAGACAAUAGCUAAUAAACUCUUAAGUUGAAGGCUUCCUGUACUUUCUGAUAAGUGCCUUGCUGAGUGAAUGGGUGUCAGUGUGAGAUGAAAGGGAAUAAGCUGUGUAGAUGGCGAGUUAUUGUGUGUGUGCGCUUCUUUGAGAAAAAAGAACAGCUGUUAGAAAACCAAGAGAAAUAGGACAGUAUUUGGUUACUUUCACUCGUGGUGCCGGAGGAGUCCUGAGAGCUAGUGCAUCAUUUCCACUGCUGUGUAAUGGGGAAUACUUCCACCAUGAUUCCUACUUCUAUGUUAUUUACAAUGGCUAAGUUAGUCUUCACUAUCCACCAUAUUCAAUCAUAAUUCUUUACAAGACUAAGGUCUUACAUCUACUUAGGUCAGUUUAUAUUAGCUACAUAACUUCAUAAUCCAAAAAAUAACCUUUGUAGCCUUUUACACGCCAGCUCUAGAACUUGUGUAAUGUUGCAUCAAGUUCCUGCGAGUUGGAGGCGAGUCAGUUGGUCUACUUAAAAAUGAAAACUAAAAUUUGUCUAUCCACAGUUAACCCAAUAUGCUUGUUAGAGUUCUACAUAACUCAUCAUUUUCCCCUAAGAUCAAAACAGUUGCUAUUCUCAAUAUGUGAAGAAUUAAAUACCGUGUAUUUUGCUGACUUAAGCUUGUCAAACUUGAUUAGGAGUUUGAUAGGAAGACAAACACUAAACCUAAGCAGUGUAUGAGUUUUGUCUCUGUGCGAUGACAACUCCAUCAAGCACUGUGUGAUUGUACUGUAGUUGAGAAGGCGUUCCACAUCCCCACGGCAGUUAUUGGUCCUUGUAUAAAUUCAUUAAUGGGCAUAUAAACUUGUAAAUUCCUGUAUUUAUUCCUAUCAAGAGGCUUCUUUCUCAUAGGUUUAUAUUGACAAUGUCAGAUGCAGCAAAACAGGUUAGAUUGAAUGAUUUUAUGACAAAGCACAAGUCACUUUGUAUCUGAUGGAUGCAAGGUAGAAUUUGUGUAGAUAUUAUUCUGUAAUGUACACUGAAGGUUGCAGUAUUCUUACAAAAAGAGAAUACCUCAGACACUUUGGAAGAAAGCCAUCAUUCCAAACAAAGCAACAAGCUUUUUGUUUCCUUCAAGAUCUUCAUCCACCUUGAACUGAGCUGUAUUGUGACUUCAUUCCUGAUUAAGUUUGAUACAUCAUGAGGGUUUUGGCUUUUACAAUGUACUGCUUUGUUUUUUACUGUUUUGAUCAGCACAGAGCUGAGCUUUAACCUGUAUGCCUUCAUCCAGCUGUGCCCUUUCCCUCCCUCCUAACACUGCUUGAGCCAUGCUAUAGACAACCAGACAGUCCUGAAGGCUGUGGACGCAGCCGCUCUGAGGCGACUCAGACUCUGUUUGCUUGUUCCUGGACACUACAUGCUGAUCAUGGUGAUGUGUCUGCCCUGGCAGCUGGUCAUUACUUUGAGCUGUUCAUCUUAUUUAAUGUCUUUAUAAAACCUAAAUAUAAACUUUUCUCAAUUUGUGCCACAUUGUACAUACUGUUCGAUAUUUAUGGAUGCCAAAAGACCGUCCUGUUCCUUGAAUUAUGUAUCUACUAACUGUUCACAGACAUUAUUGGUUUUGUACUUGUAAAACUGGUUGCAAAGCAACAUUUGUGUUGUACAGUAGUGCUUGUCUAUAAUGUAUGCCAAAUCCUAUAAUUCUUCUCUCGAGAAGAAAUAAAAGUGAAUAUUAAAGCA